AUGUCAAGCAACACACCAAGGAGCAACAGGGUGCGCUCGGCGCUGCCGGAGGCCAGCCCGUUCAGCAGCGUGCUGGCGCGGCUCCCCGACCUCUCGCCACCCCGCACGAAAUACACCACCAGCUUUGGAAGCCUGAACCCGAUGGCCAGCCCCCCGCCGGCCAACACCUUUGGCUUCCGGCAACAGAGCGCCCAGACGCCCGGCGGCGGCAACCAGGGCAAGCCCAUCGUAUCGUUUGACCUGCUGGGCACCACGCCCAUCAAGUCCCUCCAGCCGGGGGACCAGCAGCUGAGCAGCCCGCGGUACGACCUGCAGAGCCCCAAGUUCCCGCUCUUCCAGCCCUCGCCCAAGCAGCCGCUGGGAGCCCUGCCGACGCCGCCCUCAGUGCGGCUGGCCGACUCGUCUGCUGCCGGCGCCGCCGCGCGCGCCCGCUUCUCCAGCCCCUUUGGCUCGCUGCUGGACGGCAGCAGCCGCUCGGGGCCCUCGCCCGCCGGCGGCGCCAGCCUGGCGCCCGGCCGCUCGGCGGCGGCGGGCCAGGCGCGCUUUGCCGCGCUGUUUGCCCACGCCGCCGGCACGCUCGACGAGGCGGCGGCUGCGAUGGGCAAGGGCGACAUCCCGCCGCCGUCUGCCGGCCUGCACCCGUCCUACCUGUCGCCGCUGCGGCCGCCGGAUGGCGCCGCGCCGCGCCGCCCCGGCAGCGGCGGCGCGGUGGCCGAGGCCGCUGCGGCGGGUCGGGACGCGGCCGCCGCCGGGGACCCGCCGCAGCGGAGCGGCGCGCUGGCGGGCGGCGCGGCGGGGCUGGACGCCAUUGCCGCCGCGGCCGCAUCCGCCGGGGACAGGGAGGAUGAGGGUGAUGCUGAGGUGGCGGCCAUGCUGCAUGAUGGGGAGGCUGAGGAGGAGGAGGCGGAUGAGGCUGAGGAGGAGGAGGAGGAGGAGGAGGAGGAGGACGAUGAGGACUUUACUGUGGGCAGCUUCCGGCGGCCCGCGCCGGUGCGCGGCGCGGGCGCCAGCCGCGCCCAGCAGCUCUUCCAGGCGCGGCAGCGCCCCGUGCGCCGCCGCCAGCUGCGCUUUGGCGGCAGCGGCGGCGGCGGCGGCGAGGGGCAGGAGGAGGAGCCGGAGCCGGCCCAGCUGGUCCGCUGCACCCUGCCCCAGUCGCCCAUCUGCCAGGCGGUGAGCCCGGCUGUGGACGGCGUCACCUUUCACAUCGCCCGCCUCCGCGACGCUCCGACCUCCAGCGCCAGCGACGACGGCUCCGGCAGCCCCGCCCACCGCCAGCGCCCCGGCGCCUACUCUCUUGAUUCGCCGGCGGUCCAGGCGGCCACCCACGCGGCCGUGGCGGCGGCGCUGGAAGCCUCCGCAGGGGCAGGCGGCGCCCGCCGGCCCGCGCGCGCGGCGGCGGCAGGCGCGGCGGCGGCGGCCAAGGCGGCCGCCGAGGCGGCGGGCACGCCGAUGCAGCGGCGCGGCGGCGCGCACCUGGCGCGCAGCAGCAGCGACGGCGGCGCCGCGCUGCCGCCGCUCACGCCUGGGGAGGACGGGGUGGCGGGGCCGGGAGGGGCGCCCCAGGCCCUCUUUGCGGGCCCCAAGAAGUGCAACUGCAAGAAGAGCAAGUGCCUCAAGCUGUACUGCGACUGCUUCGCCAACGGCGGCUACUGCGGCCCCGCCUGCUCCUGCUCCAGCUGCGCCAACAAGGUGGAGAACCGGGCGAUGGUGGCGGCGCAGCGCGAGGCCAUCAAGCAGCGCAACCCCAAUGCCUUUGUCCAGAAGAUCGAGGCGGACGCCGCGCUGGGGGGGCAGCACCGCCGCGGCUGCAACUGCAAGAAGAGCCACUGCAUGAAGAAAUAUUGCGAGUGCUUCCAGGCCGGCGUGCCGUGCGGCGAGCACUGCAAGUGCGAGAGCUGCCACAACACGGCGGGGCACUCGGGGCGGCGCCCGCCGGGCGGAGGCGCAAGCAAGCGCGCGCGGGCCGGCGCGGCGGCCGCCCCGCAGACGGUCUCCACGCGGCAGCACGCCACCCGCAUGUCUGCUGGCGGCUCGGCCCUGGCGCAGCAGCUCAAGGCUGCGCAGGCCUUCCAUGCAGCCAUGGCCCAGGCUUCUGCCGGCAUAGCCACGGCGGCUGGCGGCGGCGCGGACGGCGGCGGCAGCCAGUCGCCCGGCCUCUUCCCGCUGCUGCAGCCGGGGCCGCUGGGCGCGGGCGACGGCGGCGGCGGCGCCCCGCUGCUGCUGCCGCUGCUGCUGCCGCAGGGCGGCGACGCGCCGCCGCUGCCGCUGCCCGCGGCGCCAGACGCAGCGCCCGACGCAGCCGCGCUGCCCGCCCUGGCCGCUUUCCAAGCCGCGGACGCCGCCCUCACCGCCGCCGACGGCGCGCCGCCCUCCCACGCCACCCCGGUGGCGGCGCUGCUGGGCCCGGCGGCGGCCGGGGCGGCCACGGCUGGAGGCGGCAGCGGCGGCCCGGGCGGCGACACUUUCACCUUCCACCCCAUCUCCGGCACCGACCGCAGCGGCAGCGGCAGCAGCAGCGGGCAGAGCACGCCGCGCGCGGCGGCCGCGGCGGCCGCGGCGGCAGCUGCCGACUUUGCCUUCACCUUGGACACCCCCGCAGCCGCCGCCGGCGCCGCGCCGCCCGCCGGCGCCUCGGCCCUGGAAAAGCUGCUGCCGGCGGCGGAGGCCGGCGGCGGCGCGGCGGCGGCGGCGGCCGCCGGCACCGCCAAGCCUGCGUCGCGGCCGGGCAGCGUGCGGGCGACACCCACCAAGCGGAAGCCGGCUCGCACCAUGACCGCCGCGCUGAUGUAG